UUGAAUUUCUUAUCCAAUAGUAGAGGAGCUGCAGCGCGCGCUUCUCCCGGCCUGGACCAAUCAGCGUCGCCGCUACGCCGGCAGCUCCUUUAUAAAGCCGGAGCUCGGCCGGAGUUUUUAUUCGUGUUUCUGUUGAAGUUGAAGACUCACAGAGAAAGAAAUGGCAAGAACCAAGCAGACCGCUCGUAAGUCCACCGGAGGUAAAGCUCCCAGAAAGCAGCUGGCCACCAAGGCUGCCCGUAAGAGCGCCCCGGCCACCGGAGGAGUGAAGAAGCCCCAUCGUUACAGGCCCGGUACCGUGGCUCUCAGAGAGAUCCGUCGCUACCAGAAGUCCACCGAGCUUCUGAUCCGCAAGCUGCCCUUCCAGCGUCUGGUCAGAGAAAUCGCUCAGGACUUCAAGACCGACCUGCGCUUCCAGAGCUCCGCCGUCAUGGCUCUGCAGGAGGCCAGCGAGGCUUACCUGGUCGGUCUGUUCGAGGACACCAACCUGUGCGCCAUCCACGCGAUGAGUGGAAGAGGCAAAGGCGGGAAAGGACUCGGUAAAGGAGGCGCUAAGCGUCACCGUAAAGUCCUCCGUGAUAACAUCCAGGGAAUCACCAAACCCGCCAUCCGCCGUCUGGCUCGCCGCGGCGGAGUGAAGCGUAUCUCCGGUCUGAUCUACGAGGAGACCCGCGGUGUGCUCAAGGUUUUCCUGGAGAACGUGAUCCGGGACGCAGUCACCUACACCGAGCACGCCAAGAGGAAGACCGUGACCGCCAUGGACGUGGUUUAUGCCCUGAAGAGGCAGGGCCGCACUCUGUACGGCUUCGGAGGUUAAACAUCAUCCUGCUCCUUAAACACAAAGGCUCUUUUAAGAGCCAACCACCAAC